AUGGCAUCAUUAUCUGGUGACUCGAGCGACAUGAAGGAUGCUGUAGCUUCACCAAGUAACAGCAAGAAGAGACCCAAUGAAAGCACAGCCAAUAAUAAGGAUGAUACAGCUACCCAUCAACUACCCUCCGUCAAUGGAAAAUCGAUCAGGGAGGAGAAGCGAAGAAAAUGGCAGGCCAAGCAAGAAAAGAAAUCUCAGAAAUCAAACCAAGAAAGCCAAAGAGAGGAUUGGUUGGAGACCAAUAAGCACUUUGCUUCCAUGAUCUCAAUGCAAGACGUCCAGGAUGUAUUUUGUGAAAAUUCACUACGGGAUAAAGAAUCUGCCAUCAACGGGGACCAGGCAAAGACUGCUGCCAAAAUGGUGAUGUCCGAAAGUGGCAAGUUGGCAAAACUCCUUGAACCAUAUCGCAAUAUUCAAGACAAAAAAGAGAAUCCUCAUUCCACAAGUUCGCCUUCCAAAGGAGAACGGUAUUUCAUUGCAGAAGGAACCGAAACAGUCCGACUGCUCAUUCAACAAUCUACGAAAAGGCAAAAAAGGGUAUCCAGCCAUUCACCAUCACCAACAGACAUGUUGCCAUCAAUCUGCAUCCAAUCAGUCUUUAUCAAAACCAAUGCAUUCUUUGAAAAUCCCGUCUUUCUUCAAAAAGACAUUGAAGAAGCGUCCACCAAAGCUGGACCUGAUAAUACUGACAAAAAUAAUCCCAACCCGGCUGCACCACCCUUUGCGGUCCUGAUUGGAACAGACACAGUUCAAAGCAAGGUGGUGGGUUUCCCAUUCUCUCGUGGUGCUCUAGCCUGUGGCAUUGUCCCAAGUUGGAGUGACGACGAAGAUUGGCUGUGGGGAUACCUCAAAAGUAUGCGCCGUACCAACAAUCAGCAUCCAACAACUUUGGCACAGCAAAAGCCACUUCGAAUUGUAGCAUUGGAUGGGGUUUGCGAUACUGCCAACUUGGGAUCGGUGGUUCGAACUGCAUCGGCAUUUGGCGUCCAUGCCAUCAUCCUAAGUCGGGACUCUUGCGAUGUUUGGUAUCGAAAGGCGGUUCGAGUAUCCAUGGGCCAUGUGUGCCGAGUCCCCAGUGUUCGAGUUGCGUCUCUCACCAAGACGCUUCAAAGGCUCCAAGAGGAACUCCAGCUGGAUGCCUACGCUGCUGUGAUUGACAAUGCCAAUUGUGUUCUGGAACAAAUGAAACAGGGAGAUGUCAGUGGCAAUGGUUGGUGUUGUGUGAUUGGAAAUGAGGGCAACGGCAUCUCCAAGGCCGUCGUUCAAGCAUGCAACAAGAAAAUCAGAAUAGCAAUGGAAGAGGGAGUCGACUCAUUGAGUGUUCCAGUCUCGACCGGGAUACUCCUUCAUGGAUUAAGGGAACGAGAAGCAAAAGCACUGCUGUAG